UAACAGCCGCUGCAACUUCGUAUGCGCAUUGUACACCCAACGCGCACUCUCAUAUCUGCCGCUCAUCACAUUUUUCUUCAUUUUUCUCCGAGGAAGCCGCCUGUUUCUCUUUGUUACUACUCUGUUCGCCUGAAUCCGUGCCCGGGUCCACGGCUCAGAGUCCGAGUUCAGAAGACGAGCGCUGUGAGUAACAUGUCAACGAUCUCCAGCGAAGAUGAUGCGAAGUUCGGGUUCUCGCGGGGGGAAAUGUACAAGGCCAACUUGGCGGGAACCGUGGAUUCCUACGACCGCCACGUGUUUCUCUCUUACAAAGGACCUGAUUCGUGGCUGCCACGUGUCGAGGAGUCUGAAGUCGAUCCCCUCCCUAAACUGCUUUCCUCCGCCAUCAAAGCUCGUAAAAACGACAUCACCGUUAAGACAAAGGUUACGAUAUGUGGAGGCGGCGAAGGGAGUGAUGGAGAUGUGUUGAUUUUCCUCGAAAUGAUCAAAUACAAGGGUUUGAAGGACGAAGAUGUAGAAAGCUUUGUUGAUGAUGUUCUUGUGAAUGGGAAGCCAUGGACUUCUGGAGUGCAGGAGACAUUGACUGGAUCAUAUGUGUUUGUUUGUGCCCAUGGUAGUCGAGAUAAGAGAUGUGGUGUUUGUGGCCCAGCUCUUAUUGAAAAGCUUAAUGAGGAGAUUGAGUCGCGAGGACUGAAGGGUCAGAUCUUUGUCAGUCCAUGCUCUCAUAUUGGAGGCCACAAGUAUGCUGGAAACUUGAUCAUUUACAGUCCUGAUUCAGAAGGGAAAAUUAUGGGUCAUUGGUAUGGCUAUGUUACUCCUGAUGAUGUGCCUUCAAUGCUUGAUCAACAUAUUGCAAAGGGAGAAAUAAUAGAACGCCUUUGGAGAGGCCAAAUGGGAGCAUCUAAGGAAGAAGGUCAGAAAGUAGAAGAACAGAAGCUUCCAAACAGUAAAGAUGGGAAGAAAAGCAAAAAACAUGAUAGCAACAGUCAAGUCAAGGAAAUAGUGGGUGGUUGUUGCCAGGGUGCCAAUGGCUCUUCAUGCUGCAGGGAAGGAGGUGUGGACGAGAAAGGGGCACAAACUAAGGCUCCAAGCAAAUUUUCAAGUUGGAUAGAAUCAUUAGAGCAAAGGGAUGUCCUUACAGCUGCAGCUGUGGUUGGGGCGGUUGCAACUGUUGCAAUUGCUUAUAGUGCUUAUAGAAGGUCAGGCUGAAAAAUGCCACGUAAUCCAUUUAGAACCGUUUUCAUGUGGGUGUGCGAAUCCAUAUAUUGUGUAGGCAACUACAAUAGUUUUGAUGAAAUAAUCCCCCAAAUCACCUUUUCCUGAGGAGAAUUUUACAAUAUAUGCUAUUGGGUGGACAUGCAUAAGCUACUUUUAGAAGGUUCAAGGAUGGAACAUGACUCCAUCCCUUCACUUGUUGAUUGCUUCAUAAAUUAGAAUGUUGUUUCAAUAGACUUUUGGCAAAUGGUACAUUUUUACACGGGGAUUUAUCAUAAUAAUGCCUGUUCAGAAUAUUCUGCUA